CAGCCCGCGAUCGGGCUCUCCCGGCCGAGCUCCGGCGUUGAAGGGCUGCAGCUGCGGUGGGUGCUUGUGGAGGUGGCUCCGGCGGAUCUCGGUUCCUGCUGGUGAGUUGCGUUCGGAUUCCACUAUGUGCUCUUCAGACUCUAGGAAGUGCUGGUGGCCACGGUGCAGCCACAUAAUGUUCUCUUAGUGACAGACAACGGUCGCCAGGUGCCAGGCACAAGUGUGGCUGACCUAUCAACGAUUUACAGAAGCAAUGGACACCCACAUGGACUUGUUGACAGAGCUCCAACUGCUAGAUAAGGUCCCCACGCUAGAGCGGCUCCGGGCAGCUCAGAAACGCAGGGCUCAGCAGCUGAAGAAGUGGGCACAGUACGAGAAGGAGAUGCAGCACAAGAAGAGGAAACAUGAGAAAAAGAGGAAUGUUGUCAGCCGCAAGAAGGUUUCUUUUGAGGCCAGUGUUGCACUACUGGAAGCUUCAUUAAGGAAUGACGUUGAGGAAGUCUGUUAUUUAUUGAACAACAAUUUCAGUCCAGACCUGUGCAAUGAAGAUGGAUUAACUGCACUGCAUCAGUGCUGCAUAGACAACUAUGAAGAGAUAGUUAAGCUUCUUCUGAACCAUGAGGCUGAUGUCAAUGCAAAGGACAAUGAAUUGUGGACUCCUCUGCAUGCAGCAGCAACUUGUGGACACAUCAACCUGGUGAAGAUCUUGAUUCAGCAUGGGGCAGACCUGCUGGCAGUGAAUGCAGAUGGCAACAUGCCGUAUGACCUCUGCGAAGAUGAACCAACACUAGAUGUCAUUGAGACCUGCAUGGCAUACCAGGGAAUUACACAAGAGAAAAUCAAUGAGACACGAGCUGCCCCAGAACAGACAAUGCUUGAUGAUAUCACAGAGAUGAUAGCAACAGGACAGGAUCUGAACAGAAUGGACAUACAAGGGGCUACGCUGCUACAUAUAGCUGCAGCCAAUGGCUACCUGCAUGCAGCAGAGAUUCUUCUAGACCAUGGAGCAAGACUGGAUCUCAAGGACUGGGAUGGCUGGGAACCUCUCCACGCUGCCGCCUUCUGGGGACAUAUGCACAUGGCAGAGCUGUUAGUGUCCCAUGGUGCAAGCUUAAGUGCACGGACAGCCAUGGACGAGAUGCCAAUAGACCUGUGUGAAGAAGAGGAAUUUAAGGUCCUGCUCUUAGAGCUGAAGCAUAAGCAUGAUGUCAUCAUGAAGUCUCAGAUGAGACACAAGUCCUCUUUGAGCAGGAGAACCUCCAGCACUGGAAGCAGAGGGAAAGUGGUGCGGAGGGCAAGCCUUUCUGACCGAACAAACCUUUACAGGAAGGAGUAUGAGAAGGAGGCCAUAAUCUGGCAGCAAAUAGAGUCUUCAGAAGAGCAGAGAACCCCUGACUACAAUGGUGACAUCCGAGAGGUUUGCUCCAACCAAGAGAACACAGAUCCAAACUCUACAGUAGAUACAUCCACAGUCCUUCCAGAAUUGGUAACCAAAAGCACGCAGUGUGACUCAGAAACUCUGCUCCAGAAUGGGCUCAGCUUAACCCCCGCUUACCAAUACGCUAUCCCCAAUGGAGACAUUUGGAAAAUGCAUUCUGCUGUGGACAUUGAUGCAAGCCAAGCAUUGCCCUAUGAUACCCCUGGGAUCCCCGACUCUCAUCAAAUCUGGUGCGGCUACAAAGAAAGGAGCCAUCAAACCCUUUCUGAGCUGAAACGGCAGCGGGCCGCAGCCAAGCUUCUCAACCACCCCUUCAUCAGUACGCACUUUGGUAGCAAUGUGGGAGGUACAGCAGAAAAUGGGGGAGAAGCUAAAGAGAACUUGAUUAACUCCAGGACUCCUUCUUAUACAUCCAAUGGGACAUCAGUCUAUUACACAGUGUCCAGUGGUGAUCCACCUGUCUUAAAAUUCAAAGCUCCCAUGGAAGAGAUGGAGGAGAAGGUGCAUGGGUGCUGUCGGAUUUCCUGAUCUAAAUCCAUUCUUAACUGGUAGAAGAUACCAAGUUGGAUGGGCAUGUCGUAUCCACUAAUGCAUCUUGGUUAUUAUUACCACUGCUAAAUGGGAAAAUCUGGAUCAGUUAUUCUAAGGCCAAGCUCUACCAGGUUUAUUUAUUUUUAGUACCUUACUUUGCUUUUGCAAUUCCAUUAAAAUCAAGUAAAUAUAGGUGGCAAAGAGAAGUCCAGGCGUAAAACUUCUUAUUGCAUACAACUAGACUGAAAAGAUCACUAGACUGAAAAGAUCACACUAGACUGAAAGAUCACAAAACCCACUUGAUUACAAAUCCCAUUUGAUUUAGAAUCUCAAUGUCUAGGCUUCCUGGGCUAUCAUGCUCCUGAAAACUAGCACUUUGGGAACACAAACCCUCUCAAACACAUCCUUGGUGUACCACUACCAAAGGUAUGUCAUCCAAACCCAGCACUUUUACAAGCAGAGUAGGUGAACUGUUAAAGGACCCAUUGAGGUUUUUGCACACAGAAGACAUAUGCACUUUACUAUAACAACCAGUCUGAAAAUUUAGCCUGUUACGUGACAACACAGUUAGGAUUUAUUCAUCACAUUGCCAAUUAUUUGAGCCAUCAUUUCUUGCUGUACUCUUUGUAUAAAACACACACAUUUCUCCUCCAGUGCAAACUUCAACCAUUUCAUAAAUGGAUGGAAUAUUUGGAGUUCCUUAGAAGAGUGCUACAGCUAAAAGGAGUUCAUGGUUCUUGUAUAAUCUUCUCCGUUGGUAGCUCUUUUACUUUGCACCUUUGCAUAAUGUCACAUAUGGUAAAUUCCACUUUUAGUUCAGCAUGUUCCGUCAGAGAGCUACUACCUUCGGAUUUCCCUCAAAGUACUAUUGGGGGAAGGGAUUGGGAGGAA